AUGUCCGAAGGCCUUUCCACCUCCUCCCAAUUCCCUCUGGCAGGCUUCAACUCAGCGACUACAAAGCCCGAGAGCGCCGCAACGAGCGAUUCGACGACGACGACGACAACGACUGCGGCAGCUGGCCGUGACGUAACUGCGCUGGACUCUUCUCGAUAUGCCGGCCACCACUCGAUAGUCUCGUCCGAAAGCCACACUGCAGGGGGGCUUGCGAAGCCUGCGCAUACCAUGCACGGCGAAGAUGUCGAGGUUGAGGGCCGGCCGCCGUAUAUCCAUGCUAUGAUUGCGGGAGGUAUUGGAGGUUCAACCGGCGACAUGCUGAUGCAUUCGCUGGAUACCGUCAAGACGCGACAGCAGGGAGAUCCGCAUUUUCCUCCGAAGUACACAUCCUUGGGGCGAUCAUACCACACCAUAUGGCGACAGGAGGGCAUCGCGAGAGGCUUAUACGGAGGCUGGAUUCCAGCGCUAGGCGGGUCAUUCCCAGGCACAUUGAUGUUCUUCGGGACGUACGAAUGGAGCAAGCGGUUUUUGAUAGAUCACGGGCUUCAGCACCAUCUCGCCUAUCUCUCAGCAGGCUUCCUGGGCGACCUCGCAGCUUCCAUUGUCUACGUGCCAUCCGAAGUUCUCAAAACCCGACUGCAGCUUCAAGGACGCUAUAACAACCCCCAUUUCGUCUCCGGAUACAACUACCGCAGCACCCUCGACGCCGCGCGCACAAUCGUCCGAUCAGAAGGUGCCUCUGCGCUUUUCCACGGCUACAAAGCAACCCUAUAUCGAGACCUACCCUUCUCUGCGCUGCAAUUCAUGUUCUGGGAGCAGUUCCAGGCAUGGUCCAGAGUAUACAAGCAAAGCCGCGACAUCGGCGCGCCCCUAGAGCUCUUAACCGGCGCCGCGGCGGGUGGUCUUGCGGGCGUCAUCACAUGUCCUCUGGAUGUCGUCAAGACCCGUCUACAAACACAGGUCAACAAUCCAUCCGAGCCCGAUUCUUCACACCACGAAUCCUCACAUCGACCGAAAGACCCCAACCCUCAGAAACGAUCAAUAUCAACAUCGUCACCAAGCACGCAUAGACCUAGACCGGGUGCCAUUGCCUUGAAUACAUCAUCAGUCUUCGCCGGACUGAGGGUCAUCUACCACACCGAAGGUCUAGGCGGCUGGUUCCGUGGCGUUGGGCCCCGAGGCGUUUGGACCUUUAUCCAGAGCGGCUGCAUGCUCUUCUUGUAUCAGCGACUGCUUCACAAGCUAGAGGUUUGGAUGCCUCUAGAAGACUCUAAAGUUGAAACUGCAUUGUAA